AGGUCUACGCCCUCGGCAGCGGCAGCCCAGCCGGAGAUCUCGGAGAUGCAGGCGGUUCGGAUGGCUCCGGGCGCGGGGCGGCAGCUGCUGAGGCUGGGGGGCGGAAGCUCGCGGCCCGGUGCGCUCCUGGGACAGCCCCGGCUUUGCCUUGCCCGGCGACCCUAUGCCAGUGCGGCCGCCCAGGCAGUUCGGGACAAGUCAGACACCCUGUCUUCUGAAGCUUCGACCAGGGAAAAACGGGCUAAGGCGGAAUCUAAGUCCUUUGCUGUGGGGAUGUUCAAGGGCCAGCUCAUCACGGAUCAGGUGUUCCCAUUCCCGUCUGUGCUCAACGAGGAGCAGACACAAUUUCUCAAAGAGCUAGUUGGGCCCGUGUCCCGUUUCUUCGAGGUGAGGAAUGAAUGGGGCUUGGUCCCUGAUGGGGUGGGUGGAGAUAUUAAGGAGCUUAAAUGGAGUCUGGCUGUGGCAUCCAUGUGCCUUCCCCAGGAGGUGAAUGAUCCUGCUAAGAAUGACACUCUGGAGAUGGUAGAAGAAACCACUUUGCAGGGCCUCAAGGAGCUGGGGGCCUUUGGUCUGCAAGUGCCCAGUGAGCUGGGCGGUGUAGGCCUCUGCAACACCCAGUAUACCCGCUUGGUGGAGAUUGUGGGCAUGCACGACCUUGGCGUGGGCAUUACCCUGGGGGCCCAUCAGAGCAUCGGUUUCAAAGGCAUCCUGCUCUUUGGCACGAAGGCCCAGAAAGAAAAGUACCUCCCCAAACUGGCAUCUGGGGAAACUUUGGCCGCUUUCUGUCUAACCGAGCCCUCAAGUGGGUCAGAUGCAGCCUCCAUCCGAACCUCCGCUGUGCCCAGCCCCUGUGGAAAAUAUUACACCCUCAAUGGAACUAAAAUUUGGAUCAGGCAAUCUUCUUCCCAUUUCUCCCUUUUCCCCUCUGCCCAGUCCCGUGCCCCACUGCUCUGGGUCCUCCAUGUCCUGACUGCCCUCUCAUUCUUCCACAGUAAUGGGGGCCUGGCAGACAUCUUCACAGUCUUUGCCAAGACUCCAGUUACAGAUGCAGCCACAGGGACCGUGAAGGAGAAGAUCACAGCUUUUGUGGUGGAGAAGAGCUUUGGGGGUGUUACCCAUGGGCCCCCUGAGAAAAAGAUGGGCAUCAAGGCCUCCAACACAGCAAGUGUGUUCUUUGAUGGAGUACGGGUGCCAGCAGAGAAUGUGCUGGGUGAAGUGGGGGGCGGCUUCAAGGUUGCCAUGCAUAUCCUCAACAAUGGAAGGUUUGGUAUGGCUGCAGCUCUUGGAGGCACCAUGAGAAGCAUCAUUGCCAAGGCGGUGGAUCAUGCUGCGAAUCGUACCCAGUUUGGGGAAAAAAUUCACAACUUUGGGCUGAUCCAGGAGAAGCUGGCCCGGAUGGCUACGCUGCAGUAUGUGACUGAGUCCAUGGCUUACAUGGUGAGUGCCAACAUGGACCAGGGCUCCACAGACUUCCAGAUAGAAGCCGCCAUCAGCAAAAUCUUUGCCUCGGAAGCAGCCUGGAAGGUGACAGAUGAGUGCAUCCAAAUCAUGGGGGGCAUGGGCUUCAUGAAGGAGACUGGGGUAGAGCGUGUGCUCCGAGAUAUUCGCAUCUUCCGCAUCUUUGAAGGGACAAACGACAUUCUCCGGUUGUUUGUGGCUCUGCAGGGCUGCAUGGACAAAGGAAAGGAGCUCUCUGGGCUUGGCAGUGCUCUUAAGAAUCCUUUCGGGAAUGCUGGCCUCCUGCUAGGAGAGGCUGGCAAACAGCUGAGGAGACGGGCAGGACUGGGGAGUGGCCUGAGUCUCAGUGGAAUCGUCCACCCAGAGUUGAGCCGGAGUGGAGAGCUGGCAGUACAGGCUCUGGAGCAGUUUGCCACUGUGGUGGAGGCCAAGCUGAUAAAACACAGGAAGGGGAUUGUCAAUGAACAGUUCCUGCUGCAGCGUCUGGCAGAUGGGGCCAUUGACCUCUAUGCCAUGGUGGUGGUUCUCUCCAGGGCCUCAAGAUCCCUGAGUGAGGGCCACCCCACAGCCCAGCAUGAGAAAAUGCUCUGUGACACCUGGUGUACUGAGGCUGCAGCCCGGAUCCGGGAGAACAUGGCAGCUCUGCAGUCUGACCCCCAGCAACAGGAGCUAUUCCGGAACUUCAAAAGCAUCUCCACAGCCUUGGUGGAGCGAAGUGGCAUGGUCACCAGCAACCCGCUCGGCUUCUAAGUACUCCCAGCCAGGCCCUGGCGUGUUAUGUGCCUUUUCUUAAGCCAAAACCAAGGCCCCUUUCCCUAGGGGCCCUGGUUUGCCCUCAAGGGCCUGCUGCUCCCAGAACUGUGCCUGCUCUCAGGAGCACUUACUGCCUCACAAAUUAUAAGUUUCUAACAAGUCA